CACCGUAACGCCUACAAUACAGGGGCACUGGAAAUGUCACUGCUUUCACCGUAACGCCUACAAUACAGGAGCACUGGAAAUGUGUUGACUGCUGGUGUUACUUCGGGGAAACGAAUGACUGGCAGUAGCACCGUUGGUCAAAGCUCCGUCCCUUCAUCUGCACCUCUGUCCUCAGUCAUGUCGUCACGUGUGCUGCUGCGGCAGCAGCUAAUGCGAGAACAAACCCAGGAGCAGGAGAGACGUGAGGCCCAGCAGCAGGCUUCUGCCUCGCAGCUCCGGGCCUCGGACUCCACUCCUGCCAUCUCUGUCACUCUUCCCCCAAAUGCUGCUCGUCCCCCGCCAGCACAGGUGCCUGUGGAAGUGCUGAAAGUGCAGACUCAUCUGGAGAACCCCACCAGGUACCACAUCCAGCAGGCACAGAGGCAGCAGGUGAAGCAGUACCUCUCCACCACACUGGGCAACAAGGUGGUUACUCAGACCUUGAGUGUGUCUCCUGCACCACAGUCCAGUUCUGCCCCUGAAACUACCCCGGUCGCCAGCAGUGUCCCGAACAGCCCCAUGGCUCUGCUCAACAUCGGCUCCAACAAGGAGGAAGUAAGAGAAAAUCAGAUUGACGAUGUGAUCGAUGACAUCAUAAGUCUUGAAUCCAGUUUUAAUGAUGACAUCAUAACGUUGAUUGACUCCGGUCUUCAGUUGCCCAGCACGCUCCCAGGAAAUCUGUUGGAUGUGUACCACAGCCCUGGAAUGGCAACAACUACAAUGACCAUCAGCAACUCGUGCCCUGCUGAUCUUCCAAAUAUUAAAAGGGAAAUUACGGAUGUGGAUGCUAAAGUGCUAAUGAAAGAAAGGCAGAAGAAAGAUAACCAUAACCUCAUUGAAAGGAGGCGGAGGUUCAACAUCAAUGACCGUAUAAAGGAGCUGGGUGGUCUCAUUCCCAAGUCAAGUGACCCAGAAAUGCGUUGGAAUAAAGGCACCAUUCUGAAAGCUUCUGUCGACUACAUCAGGAAGUUACAGAAAGAGCAACAGAGAGCAAAGGACGUCGAGAUGCGACAGAAAAAACUGGAGCAAGCAAACCACACUCUGAUGUUACGCAUCCAGGAACUGGAAAUGCAGGCACGGCUCCACGGUUUCUCCCACUCCUCCAGCAACUCAUCUGGUGUGAGCUCUGAUCCCUCGCUGCUCCAGCAGCAGGCGCUCUCUCACAGCAGUCAGUCUCUGGCCUCCCCUCAGAACCUCCUCAGUCUUGGAGCACUUGGACAACCUCUGCCUGCCUCCUUCCUUUCCCCUCCGUCGUCAGACUCUGCUGCAGUCACCAUCAGCAGCCCUCUGGACUUGGGCAGCCUGAGCUUCGCAGAACUCGACGACGCCUCGGCCUCGGCGCUCUACCCUGACGUGGGCUUAGAAGACAUUCUAAUGGAUGACGGGUGCACCUUGUCUCCAGAGAGGAUGGCUGACCACGCUGUUUUCUCCCCUCUGUCACCCGGUGCCUCAAAAAGCAGCAGUCCCAGGAGCAGCCUUGACAUGGACGAUGACUUGUAGUGAGCCCUGUGUGGUGAUCAGAGACUGUGUGAGGACAAAAGGAGCUCCUCAUUAGAACAAAACUAACCAAGAGAAAGGAUGUUCUGGGUUUAUUUUUUUUAUAUUUUCAAAACAGAAACUAUUAUUAUUGAUUUAUAAAUGCAAUCUUAUUCAAGCUAAAUGUUGUAUAUACACGUAGAAUGAGGUAUGAAGUUAACAUUAAGAAAUGAUACAUUGCGAUAGAAUAAUUUUUAAAAGAUGUUUAACAGGGAUAUAAGGUUUUCUUGAAUUUAUUACAGCACAUCCUGUUUGUUUAUAGAGAAGAAAACUACGACAUGACACCAUUUGACUGUUAAAUGGCUGGAAUCAGGGUUUGUUAAUAGCAGUCACAUACGUGUGGUCUAUGUUGGCUUCUUUCACCAGCAGCUACAGAAGGGAUCUUUUUCAAAUGAAUUGGCUCAUUGUGAAAUAUUUCCUGCAUAUUGUACAUAUAUAUAUAUAUAUAUAUAUAUAUAUAUAUAUAUAUACAUACAUAUACAUAUACAUAUACAUAUAUAUAUAAGAAUAUUUUAUUUUGAGCAAUUAUAUUGCUAGGUAGUUGAUGCAUUUGAAUGAGGGCUCAGUUUAUAUUACUUCGACACACAGUGUACAUGUAUCUGGAACAAAGCUCCAGAGCUGCACCUCGUCUUCCUCCACAGUAGCAACUCAUUGCAAAUCCUAUUUUUGAAUACAUGCACUUGGUCAAAUAGAAAUGCAACACAGUUUGAGCAAUGCAGAACAAUUUAAUAUUAUCCUCAAACAGAAGUAGUUUCUUAUCUGAAGCAUAGAUUUUUCACGCUCUCUGUUGUCAGUGACUUUCUCUUUAUUAACGUCCGUGAUCACUCAGUCAAUCUGACAGUUUAGGCUGUUUUUUUUGUCACUAUUAGUUGUGUAAAUCCUGCAAUGCAAGCCAUUAUAUUCUCUUCAAUUUGUCAGAUGCUUCACUCAUUAAAGUAAAUGAACUUGCAUGUGUGCAGUUAUCACAUACAGUAAGUAAUGUAUCUUAACCUUCAAGGUAUUGGCACUGUUAAACUGAACUAUUCUAUGAGCUUUGACAUUUAGGUGCCCCCUGCUGUUCACUCGCAAAGUUAGGGUAUUUUUUUAUUUUUGACCCAUAAACAGUCUCCAGAGCUCUGUUUCCCUGACUGCAUUGUUCCCGGUCACCUGUGGUCAGCUUUUUAAUCCAUAUCCACAAUAUGAAUCAUGUCUUAGCCUGAUACAGCGCCAUGACUGUUAACCAUUAACCUAACAUUUGUUGGCUUUCAUAAUAUUUUCAAAAAAUAAAUGAAUCAAAUGAUUCUCAGUG